CUCUCUCUCUCUAAACCAAUUCAACUCCAAACCUUCACCAGAAAAAGAUCAACGCUUCCCUGCGCCCAGUCCCCGUUUUCCGUCGCCGGAGCCCCCACCAUCAAACCAGGGUUGUGAAGUAUGGACAAGUUCAACUUAACUCAGCUGGGUAACUUGGGUGAGAAACUGGUGACGAGUGGAGCUCAGAUGGGUAGGAUGGUGAGUGGAAAAGUGAAGGAGAUUCUGCAGACGCCGACGCCGGAAUCGAGGAUGAUCGACGAGGCGACGUUGGAGACGAUGGAGGAGCCGAAUUGGGGGAUGAACUUGAGGAUAUGUGCAAUGAUUAAUAGUGAGGAGUUCAGCGGGUUUGAAGUUGUGAGGGUUAUUAAGAGGAAGAUUUCGGGGAAGAGUGUGGUGACGCAGAGGCUGAGUCUUGACUUGUUGGAGGCGAUUGCUAUGAAUUGUGAGAAGGUGUUUUCGGAGAUUGCGUCCGAGAAGGUGUUGGAGGAGAUGGUUAGGAUGAUUGAGAAUCCGCAGACGGAUAAUGAGAAUAGGAGGAGGGCUAUGCAGUUGAUUAGGGCGUGGGGAGAGUCUCAGGAUCUUGCUUAUCUACCCGUGUUUCGUCAGACUUACAUGACAUUGAGAGAAAGAGGAGCACGUCCAGUGGCACCAGAAGGGACUUCGCCCUCGUUGCAAUCUACCUUGGAAUCAUACAUGGAAGAGCCUAUGCCUCCCCCGGAAAGAUACCCUGUACCAGUCACAGGAUUUCAUGAUGCAAGUGACCGUGAAUUUCGCUAUAACUACCUAUCAGUCGAGGAAAAAAAAGAAUGUCUUGUUGUAGCUCGCAAUAGCCUGGAGUUGCUGUCUAGUAUUUUGAAUAGUGAAACAGAUCCGAAACCUUUGAAGGAAGAACUAACGAUGAACAUGCUGGAAAAGUGCAAGGAGUCUCAGCCUGUUAUUCAGAGGAUUAUAGAAACCACUACUGAUGAUGAAAGUAUGCUCUUUGAGGCUCUAUAUCUUCAUGAAGAACUUCAACAAGUUAUUUCCAAGUAUGAGGAGUUGGAAGCUUCCCAAAACUCUGGAGGCCAACAGCUUGAAAAUCCGGAUGCCACCAGACCUGAGGUGCCAGAAGUGCCGGCUCAAAAUCAUGGAGAACUGCCAGGAAACUCAAACCCCCCUGAGCGUGAGGAUUUAGAUGACAUCCAAAACCGUGGCGGUAUACUGCCUGAAUAUUCCAUUUAUUCUGAAGUCAUCCCAUCUGCGCCUGUGGGAACUCCUAGUGAAACCAAAAUAGCGGAUUCUGUACAAGACGGCACUUCGUCUAGCAGUGAAAAAGUUGGUCAUUGAUGAAGCUUCAUCCAUCCAGAUGACUUCUUACUAGCAGGAUAUCCUUGUCCAUUAGGAGUCUCUUUCUUUGAUUGUUGUUCAGAGUAAUUAACCAUUCUGUAAUCAUACUCGGUACUUUUUAAGCAUGGAAUGUGGACUUCAGGUGGGGGCAAAACUAUUUUGUGGAAGCUGUCUCCAUUCUAUAAGCCCCUUCUGCUAAACUCUUUUUAUGUAUGUGCAUCUUGCUACUGUCUUUUUCUGUUUUUCAUUU